UGUCCAACCCAGGGCUCGAACCGACAACCUUCCGAUUACAAGGCGAACUCCCAACUCUUGAGCCACGAUCGUCCCGAUAUAAUGAACGUGGUCAUGAAAACUGUAAAUUUCAUUUGGGUUCGUGGCCUGAAUCCCCACCAGUUCCAGCUGUUCCUGCAGGAGAUGGGCUUGGAACACGAAGACCUGCCAUACCAUACAGAAGUGAGGUGGCUAAGUAGGAGCAAAGUCCUCAAACAAUUUUUUGAGCUUAGGGAGGACAUUGCUUUUUUCAUGCAGAAUAAAGGAAAACCCAAGUCUGAACUGUCAGAUCCAAAUUGGCUGUGUGAUUUUGCCAUCUUAUGUGACAUAACUGAGCAUCUCGCCCAACUGAAUCAGAAGCUGCAGGGACGCAAACAAGCAUCAUACAGAUGCCCAAUAUGAUCACGUUUCCAGCGUAAACUGGACCUAUGGAAGUGCCAAGUGGAACAGGGCAAUCUUGUCACAUUUUCUGUUUGUCAGAGGAUCUCAGCAUCAUUUCCAGGUGUUUUUUCAUGUGCUCGUUUAGCUACAAAACUGAGCCGGUUAAUGAAUGCGUUUGAUUGGCGCUUCUCAGACUUCAGAACACUAUACUCGGGCUUCGCCAUCUUUACCAGUCCUUUCACCACUGAUGUCAGCAAAGCCCCCCAUCACCUUCAGCUGGAGUUAAUCGAGCUUCAAAGCGACAGCGGCCUGAAAGCAAAGUUCCAAGAUGCUGCAAUCGAGGACUUUUACUGUCUACUGCCCCCUGGUGUAAUGCCACAGCUUCGACUUCAUGCUGCCCGUGUUCUGUCCAUGUUGGGGAGCACCUAUUUGUGCGAACAGAUGUUUUCAACAAUGAAUCUGAACAAAAUCAAGCACAGAUCACACAUCACUGAUGACAACCUCCAAGCUGUUUCGCGGAUUGCAACAGUACUAGAACUAAAACCAGACAUUGACACGCUGACCAAAGGAAAACGGUGUCAGACAUCAGGCCAUAAAACACAUAGAACAAGAUCAAUGGAUGAGGUUGGUGGAGAGCGGAUCCACUUGAUGUGUUCAAGGACAGGCAGGAUGUCAUUUUGAACUCAUAGUUGUGAGCUGAGACAAUGUUUAUUUGUUAUUUUGAGUUAUAUUAUACUACUUUAUGUGCAACAAUGUUUUUGUUAUUUACAGGUUUAUGCAGACAAAUGUUUACUCCUGAAGGCUGUGGACAGCCUUUUGUUUUUGUAAAAUUCUACAUCUGUCCCAUGUUCUUUGUAGCUCACUAUUGAUGAUUGUAUGUUAUUCUGAUCCUCUCAAUUGAGACCAAACCAUUUUGAUAAGUUAUUAUCAUAACUUGUUCAAAUAUUUUUCUUUAUUUGCUUAAAUAGUUUGUUUGUUGAGCAGUGGAGUAAUGUGGGUUUCUUAACUUGACAAAUUAGAUUAGAUGUAUGUCAUAGUAACAGAACAACAA